AUGAACCACACUUGCAUCUCACAAGUAGCUAACAGUACCACAACUCCUCUCGGAGGUCAUCCGGUAUGGGAGGUGGUUCUGAUUGUGCUCGUGACUGGACCUCUUUCUCUUAUUACCAUCCUGGGCAACUCCUUGGUGCUCAUCUCCAUCCGAGUCAACAGUCAGCUACAGACCAUCAGUAACUACUAUCUCCUGAGUCUGGCGGUGGCAGACUUGAUCUUGGGUACGGUGUCAAUGAACCUGUAUACUGCAUACGUAAUCAUGGGCCACUGGACAUUGGGACAUCUGGCUUGUGAUCUGUGGUUGACACUUGACUAUGUUGCGAGCAACGCGUCAGUAAUGAACCUGUUGGUCAUAAGUUUCGACAGAUACUUCUCAGUGACACGACCGCUGACUUAUCGAACAAAGCGAACUCGGAAGACAGCAGCAGCGUUGAUUGCUCUUGCAUGGGUGGUUUCGUUUGUGCUAUGGGGGCCCGCAAUCCUGUUUUGGCCUCAUGUGGUGGGACGCCCAUCUGGGGCUGAAGCCCAGACCUGUUCUAUCCCGUUCUUGAAGGUUCCUCCGCUUACAUAUGGUACUGCGAUCGCAGCAUUUUACCUACCCGUCACCAUUAUGAUAAUUUUGUACUGGCGAAUUUAUUGGGAAAUUGAGAACAGAGAGAAAGGACUCGCAGGUUUUGUUAGGUCUGUAAAAAACACUAGAGAUGUUCUGGAUGGCUUGGACAAACAAUCAGUGCACCGAACCAGUACCAAGAGCAACUUAAGUCGCUCAAAGGAAAGAAAUUCCAGAAAAGGACAAGGCAAAGCCAAAAGCAAGUCAGUUGGGUGUUUCAAUUCAACAAGAGGCAAACCAGCAGCCAUGUUGCAGAAGUCAGCUCAUGAGAGUUACAAGGAGACUUGCAGCAACAGUAGCUGGAACAUUGAGGAUGAGGAUGAAAGCACAUUAUCCUCUUCAACAGACGAGGAACAUGAGCAGAACAUCAAAGCAAGAGCACCUUCAUGCAAUCCAACUGCAAUUGAGUUGAAGGAUCUGCAAAGCAGAUCAGAAGACACCAAGGGUCCCACCAAACCGUCCCAGUUUAAACCACCCCAAAAGCCAGACCACAGCAUUUGCCACCAGCUCAAAGUAAAACAUCGCAUCAAUAUGAUCAUUAAAGAGAAAAAAGCGGCCCGGACGCUAAGCGCCAUCUUGUUGGCUUUUAUCCUCACCUGGACGCCAUACAACAUCAUGGUUUUGGCUUCCAUUUCAUACUGUGUACCUGAAAAGCUCUGGCAGCUGGGAUACUGGCUGUGUUACGUAAACAGCACCAUCAACCCCAUGUGUUACGCCCUCUGCAACGAAUCCUUCCGGGUCACCUUCAAGGCACUGCUACUUUGUCGCCGAGGAGAUAAACGAAAGUGGGACACAAAUAGCUGGAAUCGCCAUGCCUCUGUGAGGCAGAUUAAGUCUUGUAGUAACGUCUAA